GGUUCCUUUGAUUCCUGCCUCGUGGUCUCCAUCUGCGUCGUCACCAUCGUUUUGUCGUCGUCGUCGUCGUCGUCGCCGCCGCCGCCAUUGAUUUUCCUCUCCUUCCACAACCUGCGACACGCACUUCUAUUCUUUUGCUCGUUUCGUCAACGUUGUCAUCGUUUCACCUCCAAUCUCACCUUGAAUUUUGCGGAGGCGUAUCGUCGUCCCCCACGCGCCGUUCGAUCGCACCACCCACCCCGAUAAAGGACAUCCAGGGGGGGGGAAAACCAUCCCAACCGGACCGACCUUCUUUGACAGGAGCUGUGCCACUCUUUUAAUCAACCAGUCUUAUCCAAUUUCGCCAAGGCCCCCUCAACUAGUCCCGCUUGCACUGCACCCGCUGUUGUUUGGGUCAGGUCUGUCGUUUGUCGUCCGUCGAUUAGCUCUGCGACCACCGCGAGAAACCACAAUCCAUCAAUCUCGACCUCGACCAGCUCUCUGCGCUUCGGGUCUGUCAUUCCUUUGGUGUUGUGUGUUUUCCGCCUCCGCAGCAUGCCUCUAUAGCGCUGAGGCCAACACUUUUCAACCCUUCAACCCAAUCGUUCGUCCGAUCAGCGACUGCAUACGCUUCGUUCAAGCCCGCAGAUACUUUAAAUUAAACUAUCGCCGCCGCCGCCGCCGUUGUUGCUGCCGGGCCGGCAAUGUUGACCAUGCUCAAGCAACAGUCCCCUAGAGGCUUCAUCGUCCCGAGGGCACGCCCCAAGACGCUGCUCUUCCUGGCCCUCGCCGUCAUCUCCGUCUACUUCCUCGCAACACGCGGCGCUCCUGCCGGAUACCGCGUCGUCCCGUGGGACCACCAAGGCGCUGCUCCGUCCUCCGAGACGGUCGCCGAGCCCCCCAAGUCGGAAGAAGAGAGGAAGCAGGAGGAGGAGAGGCAGAAGCAGGAGAGAGAAAAGCACGAACAGGACCUCCGGGACGAGUUCGCGCGCGAGUACGAUGCCGCCAAAAAGCUGCCCGGCAACGAUGCCAUCUACGGAAACACGCUCAAUUCUUUGAGAGACAAGGAGAACAGGACCGCCGAACAUGCCGCCAACCUCCGAGAGGCCGGCACUCAGGAGGAGGCCUACACCAACCAGCGUCCCGUCUACUUCAACCCCUAUCCCGACUACAACAGCGAGGAGUGGAACAAGACGCAUCGCGCGCCUCACAUCCCGUGCAUUGGCGCUACUGGCGAGGCAGUUGAGGAUCUGUUGGUCUUCAAGGGCCACCCUGAGAAGUUUCCCGACCCGGGAUUCGGCGGCUUCGAUAUCCUCAACAUGGACGGCAACGUCUGCUACGAGCGCGAGACCAGGCUCGGCCCCUAUGGCCUUCUGCCCCAGCUCAGCAAGGCCGGUCUCCGAAUCGACUGGGACAACAUCAACUGGGGCGAUCUCCAGGAGAAGUGCAUUGAGAGAAACACCGCUCGAUUCGACGAGGGCGAGCCGAACCCAUACAUCAAGACCGCUUACCCCGACAUUGCAGAGAAGUAUGGCAAGGAGAUCGAUGAGGCAGAGAAGCAAAACGAGAAGCGCGGUCUCGGUAAGUUCAGGGGCGGAUCCAAGGCUGCCAAGGUGACGACACCCGACACCCGCACCGCCGUCCUGUUGCGAACCUAUACCGGCAAGAAAUACACCGAGAACGACAAGCAGGUCAUCCGCUCCCUCAUUUCCGAGCUCUCCCUCCGAUCCGGCGGCGAGUAUCAGAUCUUCCUAUUGCUGCACGUUCGCGACCAGGCCCUCGACAUCUGGAACGACGAGGCGACCUACCAGUACGUGCUCAACGAGCAUGUUCCCCUCGAGUUCCACGGCAUCACCAAGCUCUGGAACGACCAGGCCGUCUGGAACAUCUACACAGCUUUAACGGACGAGAACGAGAAGAGCGUGCACUCGGCCCAGUGGCUGUCGGUGCAGAAGUUCAGCCAGGACCACCCCGAGUUCGACUUUAUCUGGAACUGGGAAAUGGACGCCAGGAUCAUCGGCCAUAACUACGAUUUUCUGCAGCGCCUUAGCGACUUCGCCAAGAAGCAGCCUCGCAGAGGCCUGUGGGAGCGCAACGAGCGUUACUACAUCCCAGACUACCACGGGGACUACGACACCGACUUCCGCAAGGACGUCGAGCAGCGCACCCGCGGCCACCAAAUCUGGGGCCCGCCCAAGUUGCCCUUCAUCAACCCGGUCGGCCCCAAGCCUCCCGUCGAAAAUCCUGAAAAGGACCCUUACAAGUGGGGAGUUGGCGAGGAGGCCGACAUGAUCACCGUCGGCCCCAUCUUCAAUCCCAUUAACAGCAGCUGGAUCAUCUCGGACCACAUCUGGGGCUACAGAGACGAGCAGUUCCCCGAUCCCGCCAAGACGCUCCCCCGCCGAACCACCAUCGUCACCCAGUCCCGCGUCUCAAAGCGUCUCUUAGACAUCAUGCACGUCGAGAACCUCCGCGGCAACCACAUCGCUUCCGAGAUGACUCCUCAGACUGUCGCGCUGCUCCACGGGUUCAAGACCGUGUUUGCGCCUCACCCCACCUGGUUUGACCGCCCCUGGAAUGGAACUUUCCUUGCCAAGUGGUUCAACCCUGGACCCCGCGGCGAGAGUGGUGGCGAGGGCAGCCCUAUGGGCUGGGGAAGAGAGCGCAGAUACCAGGGUAUGACCUGGUACUACCGUGCCGAGCCUCCCCCAAGGCUGUACAACAACUGGAUCGGUUAUGUCGACACUAAGAUUGGAGGCAAGAACUGGGAGAGAGCGCACGGCCGUCCUUGCUUGCCGCCCAUGAUCCUCCACCCCAUCAAGGAGGUCAAGCCGACGGAACCCGGCUUCGCGACCCAGUUUGAGCUCUUCUACGGCUGAACUCGCACACGCGGUACGAUGGUGUAUGAUCUACGAACAAGACUUGCUUCAAACUGGUCUUCAUGGGUUUCGCUGGUGUGACAUUGGUCAUGUAUGCAACGGAACACACUGGCGGUCGAAGCAACGGGAUAUGAGGUGCUUCAACCAAGGCCAGGCCAGAUCUUCCGGAGACCAACCACGCCUUCUGCGACAUCAGACCUGCCGGCUACGAAGAAAUGAGCCCCAAGUAGGCGUGAAAUCAACACGACACGACCCCUUCAUCAACCCAAUCUGUCCAUACUCUUUAGGCUCUCCCAUGGCAAAUGGGGACACUGGCGCAAUGCCACCAUCAGAGCGAGGCGUUUUUCAUUUUCUUUUCCUUAGCUGCUUUUGUUCCACCGUGGAAACAAACCUUUCUAUUGCCAUUCGGGUGUUGCAUCUCAUAAAGACAUACCACAUUUGUUCUUGUUAUUGUGUCUGAUCAUGAAAACCCAUUUUGAUCUUCAUUAUCCUCAUUUCUUUUUCGCCUAGAGCAUUUCAUAGGUUUUAGACCUACAUAUCAAAUCAGAGCAUCAGCGGCCGGCCCCUAUAACGGCGGGUUCUGGUUCUCAAUUGUACAAAAGGACUGUGUCUAUGGGCCGAGUAUUUAGGGGAGGAAAGAUAGAUAGAGUGGCAGGGGAGCAUGGCGGGUUGACAGAAGGCCAAGAUUACAUAGAGUCUGCUCUAUAUUGCUAGGUGCUGGGAUGGCCUGUCAAUAGUAAUUUGCCAUGGUGUUCGAGCUUGUUUCUUG